UUCGUUUUUCCACACAGCUCCGUCAACUUCGAACCGUCAGUGUUAAUGUACGAUUGUUUGAGUAUUAAAGGCAAAUUGAAAUGUCAUAUAAUAUAUAUGAUUAUAUAGAUCAUUAAAUUUAGUACGGAAUUAAAUUCUGGACAUAUUUGGGGUUCUUGAGUGAGUAGGCGAUUGGUUGUUCCACAGGCUGUAUUACCUAUUCUUGUGCAAUUAGUUGUGUCUAUCUCAUAUGUACGUGUUGUCAACAAGGUAAGAUGGCUGAUAUAUGUGGAGACAUUCCAACUAUAGCAGAUAUAAAAUCACAUGUAAUAUCCUUUGCUAGUAAUAUAAAAGAUGAGCGAACAUCUGUUGAUGUCAGAGAAUACACGAAUUCCUUACAUCCAAAGUUUGAUAUAUUAGAAGAAAAGAAGAAAGCCGAAGGCUGGUUAGAUUGGGCUAAGCAAUUAAAAACUCUAAAGAUUAUUCGUUCAUCAGUACCAAUAGCUAUAUUACCAAAUGGUUAUAGAGGAGUAUUAAUUGAUGUUAAAGUUAACAGCCCACAUGCUCCUGAUGACAAAAUAUACGAUACAAAUGAAAAGAUACGACAACGGGUUGCAAGAGGUAAUUGUUUUCUGCAAAUAGAAAAUGGUCCUCACAAUGGAACUACAUGUGUGUUGUAUGGCCUGAAAAAGUUUACUGGUGGUCUAGGAGAUGACGAUGAUCGAGAUCAGGGAGAUAAUUUCACAUGGAAAAAAUAUUUUACAAAGCCCUUAGAGUCUACGGAGCGGGUGGUAGCUACAAGAAAAGCCAAUGGAGAAGCAGCACAUUUAAGUUGUCAGAUUAUUGAUGGACAUUUUGUUAUGUGUGGGGGCUCUAAAAAUGUCCAUCUUCUCUUUAGAAGAAAAGAGGAUAUAGAUAGAUAUAAAGAACCAAGAUAUUUGAUAGCAAGAGAAGUUUGUGAAACUGUUAUGCACCAUUUAGAAUUAAUGGAUCAAAAUGACAGAUUUCUUUUGUUAAGUUUCCUAUCUCAUACCCAUUUUACGGCAGUGUUUGAAAUACUUUCACCGGUUCAUCAACAUGUAGAAGAUUUAUCACAUUUAUCGAGAAAUGAAUUAAGAUUUAUAACAUGGACAGAAAUAAACAUAGAUUCAAGAAAUGAUGGUGAAUUAUGUACUGUACCACCACAUGUAGCUAUAGAGAUUGCUCGAGCCUUGAAACUUCCCACAGUAGAUUAUGAUGUUAUACCAAUGGCUGACUUAGAGAACCAAAUGAUGGAGGUAUACAAAUACAAUAGGUCUACACUUUAA